AUGGCGUCCACCGAAGCCCAUCUCUAUCCGCCCAUUCUCCCCACUUCCCCGCAGUUGCCUCCCGCAGCGCACUUCCCCUCCCCCUCUUCAUUCGCCCCUCCGUUGCCCUCCUCAUCUCCGCCAUUUCUUCCGCCCCCCGCGUCCCCAUACGCGGAGGGAUUUUGCUUGGCGUGGCAGCACCCGCACGCCUCGCUUAUAUCGCGGACAUGGUUCGCUUUAGUCAACGUUGCGCCGCCGCUCCUCUUCCUGCUCUUCCUCCUCUCCCGCGUCCGCCCCGCGCUGGCGCAGCUGCGGCGCGCGCGCAGCGCGGGCAUGAUGGGCGGGCAGUGUGCCGUGAUGGCGGGAUUCUACGCGCUGCUGUGGGCCGCCGCGGGAACGAACCUCGUGCGCAGCCUGGCGCAGGUGAGGCGCGGAAUGGCGCAGGUGAGGCGUGGAAUGGCGCAGGUGAGGCGGAACGGCGCAGGUGAGGCGCGGAAUGGCGCAGGUGAGGCAUGGAACGGCGCAGGUGAGGCGUGGAAUGCCGUUGAUGUGAGGGGCGGCCUGGGGAGGGUGGUGGGGGUCAGCUCGGCGGGAGGUGGAGAUAAGAGUAGGGAGGUAGACGGCAUGCGCGUUUUGCAGGUGGACGGCAUGCGCGUUUUGCUGGUGGACGGCAUGCGCGUUUUGCAGGUGGACGGCAUGCGCGUUUUGCAGGUGGACGGCAUGCGCGUUUUGCAGGUGGACGGCAUGCGCGUUUUGCAGGUGGACGGCAUGCGCGUUUUGCAGGUGGACGGCUGCGACGAGCUGAAAGGGGCUCAGCUUGGGUCGACGAGACGAGCCUGGAUGAGGAAGAAGUUGGGCUCGGCUUGCCACUGUGACGAGCGCAGCUCCUGUGCAGCUCCUGUGCAGCUCCUGUGCAGCGAGAAUGCAAUAACUGAGAUGCCCUUGAGCAUGGAGGCGUAUGUGUUGGGGCUCACUGCAAGUGCAUCCGUCAAAACCAAAGAGCUGCUGCUGCUCUCACCAGAUGAGGCUGCUGCGCCGGCCACCAGCAGCGCAUGGCUGAGCGGGGCGUGGCUGGCGGCGGGGUGGGUGGUGGGGGCGCUGGAGGCGGGCGUGCUGCUCUUCCUCAUGCACGGCGUCCGCAUGUCCGCCUCCGAGGCCAUGCUGCGCACCGCUGUCAUCGCUGCCAUCCUCGCUGGCGCUGACGCGGCAGUCAAGUCCUGCCCUCCCCCGCUGCCGUCCCCCAACGCCCUCCUCCCAUGCACUGUGCACAGAGCCGCCUGCCCAUACUCCCCUUUGCAUGCCUCUCCCCUUCCUCUCUCUCGUUCCCUCCCUUCUCAUUAUUGCACCCCUCUUCCUCUCUUCCUCUCUGCGCCCUGCCACCACACCCUCGUGCCACCGCCACACCCCCCGCCCGUGCCCCACUGCCUGCGCCAUGGCCAGGCGUCGCUGGUGUUCCACCACGCGCUGCCGCUCUUCCAACCACGCCCUGCCGUCGCCACGGCGGGCGCCGUGUGGCUCUUCUGGCUCGCCCACGACGCCCUCCGCGCCGCUGUCUACGCCGCCCUGCUCUCCCUGCCACUCUCCCAGUGGCGCGACGCCCUCCCUGGUGGGUGGCAUUCGCUGUCUUAUUAUAAUGCUGCAGUAGCCAGGGAGAGAGAGGCGGGUGGGUGCAAGGGUGCGGGGAGAGCGAGAGUGGUGAAGGAAGCAUGGAGAUGUGUGCGAGGCAUGCGAGGGCUGGCAGUGUUUGUGUACUGGGCGCUCUUCCCUCCGCUGCUCUACAUCACCUUCCUUGCCGACUUCUUCCAGGACGAGGACACAGAGAUGGAGGAUGCAUACUACUCGGAGAUGAGGGAUGCAGGGGUCUUUGAUGCCGAUGGGAACUGGGACUGA